AUGGAUGAUGAAAUUAAAAAAAUAAAAAUGGCAAUGGCUUCAAACAAUGCGGUAAUAUUUGUUGGUACGGGUAUAUCUACCUAUACAACAGAUAACGAACAGGAAGCUUCAUUUUGCAAAGGAUUACUCAAAAACGGACUUGAAAAAUGUCACCGGGCAGGACGAAUUACAGACAAUGCUAUUGAACAUUUUAAUAAAAAGUUUCAAAGUAAUGAAGUCACAUUCGAUGACUAUUUAGAUGCUGCUGAUCAAAUUAUGAGCUGCUUCAAGAAGGAAAGUGAUGCAACAAAGAUUGAUGUUUACAAAACAUGGUUGAUAGAAACUGUAGGAAAACUAUCACCUACAAAACCCGAACUUAUUAAAGCUAUAGGAGAAUUGGAAUGUUCAAUUCUAACAACUAACUAUGACUCACUUCUUGAAGAUAUACUGAAUAAAAAGCCAUUAACCUGGCAUAAAUAUUUCACUGAUGAUAUUAAUGGUUCGUUUGAAAACAUGAAGAAUUAUAUUCUGCAUAUACAUGGGUAUUACGAAGAGCCAGACAGUGUGAUUUUUAAUAAAGACCAUUAUAAUCGAAUUCCGCAAAGUGAAUUUGCGGAAUCAAAGUUGAAAACACUUAUGGAAACAAAAACUUUAUUGUUUAUUGGAUAUGGUGCUGAAAUAUUUGAUCCACAUUUUUCUAACUUAUUGAAAUGGAAAUGUAGUUUAACAGGUCAUAAUUUGCUUCCAAUACAUAAAUUUGUCAAAUCAAAUAAGAAGAAAUUGUCGUAUCAAGAUUCAGAUGUUUCUUUUUUAGAAAAUAUUAAAACAAUUCAAUAG